GUUGGGGGGAGGAGAAGGCUGAGGCUGUUGAGUUCUUCUGGGCCAGGACAGUCACUUAUACAUUGGACUUCGAGACAGAGGGACGGAGGGACAGGCAGCUACGCCCCUGGGAGCUGAGAGUUCAGAACCAUUAGCAAGUCCAGUUUAGGGCUUCCAGCCUCCAGCUCUUUGCCGGCUCCCAGCCCUUUCAUUCUGCCACCCUAAGCUGUGACUCGCGCCCCCCCCCCCUCAGGCUUCGCCAGGAGCCGCUGGGAGGGGAGGGGGUAAGGGGGAAAUCCCCUCGUCCACCCUUGCCAGGAGGUGCCCCGCGCGCCCGCCCCCCCGGAGGGCGGUGCCCCGGGGCGCUGCCCCAUGGAGCGGGGAGGCGGGCGGCGUCUGCCCCUGGAGCCCUGACCCGAGCUGGAGCCAGAGUUCGAGCCCAAGUCGGAGCCUCCAGAGGGUCCCAGCAACCACCCGCCGCCCAGGCGCUCGCUCCGCUCACCGGGUCCGCCGCCCCUGCCCCGGCGGACCAUGCGCUGCCGUCCCCCGCCCGCGGAGCAGCGCGCUAGCCCUGCCGGGCUCUAAGCCCUUCACUCCGGCCCAGUCAUGGGCAGCACCCGAUCUCGCCCCCGGCUCCGGCCCCGGCCCCGGCCCCGGGCCCGGCCUCGGCCGGCUCUCUGCGCGCUCCUGCUGCUCCUACUCCUGCUGGCCGCUGCUGUGCCCAGGUCAGAACCAAAUGACAUUCUGGGCCUUAAACUGCCACAAGAGCCUAUACUGAAUGCCAACACAGUAUGCCUGACAUUGCCAGGACUGAGCCGACGCCAAAUGGAAGUGUGUGUGCGCCAUCCGGAUGUGGCAGCCUCUGCCAUCCAGGGCAUUCAGAUUGCUAUACAUGAGUGCCAGCAUCAGUUUCGGGACCAGCGCUGGAAUUGCUCCAGCCUGGAGACCCGAAACAAAAUCCCUUAUGAAAGUCCCAUCUUCAGCAGAGGCUUCCGAGAGAGUGCCUUUGCUUACGCCAUUGCAGCAGCUGGUGUGGUCCAUGCCGUGUCCAAUGCCUGUGCCCUGGGAAAGCUAAGGGCCUGUGGCUGUGAUGAGGCUCGCCGGGGGGAUGAAGAGGCUUUCAGGCAGAAGCUGCACCGACUCCAGCUGGAUGCUUUACAGAGGGGCAAGGGCAUGAGCCAUGGGGUCCCAGAGCAUCCAGCCUUGCCCCCUGCUGCCCCUGGACUCCAGGAUGCCUGGGAGUGGGGGGGCUGCAGCCCAGAUGUCGGCUUUGGAGAGAGGUUUUCCAGGGACUUCUUGGACUCCAGGGAGCCACACAGGGAUAUUCAUGCGAGAAUGCGGCUCCAUAAUAACCGUGUUGGGAGGCAGGCAGUGAUGGAGAAUAUGCGCCGGAAGUGUAAAUGCCACGGCACAUCGGGCAGCUGUCAGCUGAAGACCUGCUGGCAGGUGACCCCCGAGUUCCGGGCUGUGGGCUCCCUUCUCCGAGCCCGCUUUCAGCGGGCCACAUUGAUCCGGCCCCACAACCGCAAUGGUGGCCAACUGGAGCUGGGUGCGUCUGGGAGCCCCCUGCCUUCCCCAGGCUCGCCCCCGGCCCGCCGGCGCGCCAGUCCCACAGACCUGGUCUACUUUGAAAAGUCCCCAGAUUUCUGUGAGCGGGAGCCCCGGCUGGACUCGGCGGGCACCGCCGGGCGGCUGUGCAACAAGAGCAGCACGGGGCCGGACAGCUGCGGGAGCCUGUGCUGCGGAAGAGGACACAACAUCCUGCGCCAAACGCGCAGUGAGCGCUGCCGCUGUCGCUUCCACUGGUGCUGCUUCGUGGUGUGCGAAGAGUGCCGGAUCACCGAGUGGGUCAGCGUCUGCAAGUGACCUUCGCGGGCAUCUGCAAUCUGACGGACACCGGGGCGGGAUGGAAAGGGGGCUGGACUUGGACUUGGAUCAGUGGCCACGAUUCUCUGUGCAUCCUUGGGCUGCUCAUUUCUUUCUUUGGACUCACUGACUCCCUGGUCUGUAAAAUGAAGAGGCUGGGCCACACCAUCUCAAGUGUCUUCCACCCUAUACUUUUUCAGCUCCUUUUCCCAGCUCAUCCCAGGCCAGCCAGCUGUGCCCCGCCACUGUCAGCCUUGUCACCUAGGGAUCCACUGACUAGAUUCUCACCCUCUGCCUGUCUCCAUCCCUUCUUCCUAAACAGCAGAGCUGAUAAAGGGCUCUGAAAGGGGGAGGAAGGCCCCCCCCCCAUAUGGGGAGGUGCAGCAAUCACUCAGCAAUCCCUUCUCUUUCCCUCAAAAACUUCCCCACAAAACACUGAUUCUGUUGAGGGGAAUGAAGAGGUUUAUUAAAAAGAAGACACAGAGACAAUUGGGCCAUAGAGAUU